UUUAGCCAAAAACUUUAAUUAUUCAUUCCGUUCACGAUUUCCCUCUCCCUCGCGCGCAUGUCUCCCAACUCUUAGGAGCAACACUCCAUCGAUCUUCCAACCUCCCUUGGACGGCGGCAGAGCAAUCAGUCGACGACGGCGGAACGAUCGGACGGGCUGGAUAGCAGCUGCGGCGGAGAUUUGGACAGCGGCGACGGUGGAGAUUUGGACGGCGGCGGCGGCGGCGCGUUACCUUUACGUGGACAACGGUGAACAAGCGUUUCGGCAACGUGGACAACAACUUCUUGAUUUUACUGCUAAACCUUCUAUGAAUGAGAGAGCUCACAUGGAAGAACCCAAAAAACGUCUGGAAUAUGAGCUUCAGCUUUAUGAACCGGAACUUGAAUUUCUCAUCUCCAUUCCAAUGGUGCUUUUCGGAAACACGCUUGCCAAUCAAAGCCUUUGCAAGUCCGUCAAUUUCACUAAUUUGUUUGCCAUUGCUUCGCUUAUCUUCAGCAAAAAUCUCCCUACGGUUUCUCGACCUUAUAGAUCAAUUUGUACAGAAGUAAUCAAUGUUCGUCCUUCUCUGGAUGAAACCCAUAUCAGUAGUAACUUCAUUUCCCUCUUUAGCCAACAAAAAUUUUCCCCUGAUGACCCCAAGCUGAAAAAUUUAGCUUCAAGACUCAACACUCGAAUUGUUGAAACAGUCUUGAAUGGCUUGAGGAGUUGGAAGGUUGCUCAUAUGUUCUUCACUUGGGCCUCAAAACAACAUGGGUACAGGCAUAAUUGUUAUACUUUCAAUGCCAUUGCAUCAAUCCUAUCACAUGCUCGACAAAAUGCCCCACUGAGAGCCAUUGCUAAGGAUGUCCUUAACUUUCGUUGUUCAAUGACCCCUGGAGCUUUGGGAGUCUUUUUAAGAUGUUUGGGAAACGUGGGGUUGGUUGAGGAAGCUAACUUUUUGUUUGAUCAGGUUAGAUCAAUGGAUCUCUGUGUUCCAAAUAGUUAUAGUUAUAACUGUUUGUUGGAAAUUUUGUCCAAGGCAAAUGCUAUUGAUUCCAUUGAGAACAGGUUGAGGGAGAUGAAAGAUUUUGGGUGGGAAGUGGACAAGUACACAUUGACACCUGUUUUGAAGGCUUAUUGCAAUGCUGAAAGGUUUGACAAAGCUCUAAUUGUGUAUAGUGAGAUGCAUGAGAGAGGGUGGGUUGAUGGGUAUGUCUUUUCUAUCUUGGCAUUAGCUUUUAGCAAGUGGGGUGAGGUAGAUAGAGCAAUGCAAUUCAUAGACAGAAUGGGAGAUCAAAAUCUUGGGUUAAAUGAAAAGACAUUCUAUGCAUUGAUUCAUGGUUUUGUGAAGGAAUCCAGAGAGGAUAUGGCUCUUAAGUUGUUUGAGAAAAUGCUGAAACUGGGUUUUACUCCUGAUAUUUCAAUCUAUGAUGUGCUAAUAGGAGGACUUUGUAAGAAGGGGGCAUUUGAGAAAGCAAUGGCUUUGUUUUUGAAGAUGAAGUUGUUUGGAAUUGCGCCUGAUGUCGAGAUACUUGCAAAGCUGAUAGCAUCUUCUUCUGAAGAAAGAGUUGUGAUCAUGUUACUUGGGGAAAGACCAAAAGAUAUAAAUGAUGAAGGUAUGAUCUUGCUUUACAAUAGUGUGUUGAAAUGUCUUGUUAAUGCUGGUAAAGUAGAGAGUACUUGUUAUUUGCUUCGGCUUAUGAUAGGAAAUGAAUCUCAUAGUGGCGAUAUUCACGUUUUUGAGAUCCACCAAAUUUUUAAGAAGGUAUUUCCUAAUACUGCUUCAUUCAGUAUUGUAAUUGAUGGUUUGCUGAAGACAACAGGUAAGUUGGAUCAGGAUGUAGCAUUAAGCCUCUUUGAAGAUAUGAUUCAACUUGGUUGUGAACGCAACCAAUUACUUUAUAACAAUUUGAUAGAUGCACUGUGCAAAUCAGACAGAUUGGAUGAAAGUUAUAAGCUUUUGAGAGAUAUGGAGCAAUCCGGACUUCAGCCGACACAUUUUACCCAUAAUUCAAUAUUUGGGUGCCUAUGUAGGAGAGAGGAUACUGUAGGAGCCAUUGAAUUAUUGAGGAAUAUGCGGGAUCGUGGGCACGAGCCAUGGAUAAAACAUUGUACACUCCUCGUGAAACAACUGUGUAAGAAUGGGCAAGUUAUUGAAGCUUGUAAUUUUCUCGCUGAUGUAGUUAGUGAAGGCUUCCUGCCUGAUAUAGUUGCCUACUCUGCUGCCAUGGAUGGGCUAGUCAAGAUUAACGAAGUGGAUCGUGCUUUCGAGAUGUUUCAAGACAUUUGUACUCGUGGUUAUCGUCCAGAUGUGGUUUCUUAUAAUGUAUUGAUAAAUGGCUUUUGUAAAGCUGGAAAAGUUAACGAAGCCCACAAUUUUCUGAACAAAAUGACAGUGGCCGGGCUUGUUCCUUCAGUUGUUACCUAUAAUCUUCUUAUUGAUGGAUGGUGCAAAAGUGGUGAUAUUGAUCAGGCCAUCUUUUGUCUUUCCAAAAUGAAUGAACAGAACAGGGAGCCAACCAUCAUCACUUACACGACUUUGAUUGAUGGAUGUUGCAAUUCUGGAAGACCUGAUGAUGCUGAAAUAUUUUGGAAUGAAAUGCAGCAAAAAGGUUGCUCCCCGAACAGGAUUGCUUACAUGGCAAUUGUGCAUGGUCUUUGCAAGUGUGGAAGGCCUGAUGAAGCUCUAGUUUAUUACCACAGGAUGGAAGAAAAGGAAAUGAAACCUGACAGUUAUGUCUCUGUUGCACUGAUCGAUGCUUUCAUAUCAAAACACAACUUUUCCAUGGCUCUUCACAUAUUAAAGGAUACAAUUGAGAAAGGAAACAUUCCCGAUCCGACCGACAAGAAAUAUGUAACCAUAAGAGAUGCAAUCCUUAAAUUAUCUGAAGAUGAACAAACUGGGUUGGGAGUCAAAUCUCUUAUUGAGAAAGGCAGCAUUCCGACGAUUAGUGUUUCAUGUCUAAGGAGCUGAAGUUAAAGCUUUUUCUGUUAGCUUAUCAAAGGGAGGUAGAUGAAAUUUUUGGUUGCAAAGCCAAAAGGACAUGUAACAUUUGCAAACCGGGCCAGUUCAAUACUUCUGUCUUUAUUCCGAAGAUCAAAUUUCCAAAUUUCUGGCUACCUUCAUCGGAUAGUGGAUAUCACAUGUUCAGUCGUCCUUGAAUGGGUGGAUUCCUUUAGAACACAGGUUCUCUUCUCCAUUUAUAAUGUCAAUGUCAUGUUUUUCUUGCUAAAUAAUAAUAUAGUGAUUUUGGCUGAAGAGUCCGCAAGUUUUCACAAUCCUUUAUAAGUCAUUCAAUGUGUAAAAUCAGAAUUGCAAAUAUGAAAAGAUACUGCUUCGUUUAUUGGUGAAUACUUGGCUACAUCAUGACGAGGAAUUGCUAUUGCUUAAAUUUGGUGAGAAUUCAUUAGAAUUGGUGUAAA